UUGCUUCAGAACCUUUUUCAAGCUACUGAUCGAAAAACAUUGCAGUUGACUUUCAACGCCGGCAAAACUGUUCCUGACAGUGGCAAACAUUACUUUGCUGUUUAUUAUAUCAAGGCUCCCGAUGAAAAGAAGGCACCCCGAGCAACGUGGGCUGAUCACAAAGGAGAACCAGAGGGUACAAAACGUCUUUACAUCGACUUCAAAAAGGAAUCGGUUGCUUCAGAACCUUUUCAAGCUACUGAUCGAAGAACAUUGCAGUUGACUUUCAACGCCGGCAAAACUGUUCCUGACAGUGGCAAACAUUACUUUGCUGUUUAUUAUAUCAAGGCUCCCGAUGAAAAGAAGGCACCCCGAGCAACGUGGGCUGAUCACAAAGGAGAACCAGAGGGUACAAAACGUCUUUACAUCGACUUCAAAAAGGUCUUCCUUUCACAAAUCUGA